AUGGCCAUCGUCUCGCUGCUGUGGAUGCCGAAGCUGGCGGAUAAGCAGGGCACCAAGCUCUGUGUGCUCAUCUCGGUGCUGGGCACUGCUGUGGCCUAUGGGGUGCAGGGAAAUGCGUACCUCCUCAGUGGCUGCGCCAAAGAGACCUACACGCUCGCAGCCAACGAGACCAUGACGCUCUGGACAGGCCAUGAGUGCCAGGUGUUGACUGGCAAUGUCACCUUGGCCGAUGCGUCAGCCACUGCACAGAGCGGAGGUACGUUGGAGUGUACCCCAAGCUGCGGCAACAAGAACGGGGUGUACUUCAUGAUCUUCGGACAGAUUCUCGCCGGCUUCUUUGGAGGCACGCAGCCCGUGCUGCGGGGCUACAUUGCCAAGAUAUCUCUGCCGAACAUGCAGCUGCUGAAGUUGAGAUCUACCAUGCUCUUUGCCUCCAUGCAGGCGGGGAACUUUGCGCUGGCGCCCAUCGCGGGAGUCAUCUCCCAGUUUGGCCUCUUCUGGCCCUGGUACGCCGCAACUGGCACUGCGGUCUUGGUGCUCCUCUUCGUCCUGCUCUUCUUCAAGAAUCCCCAGGCGCUGCAAGCGCUGGCCGUGGUGGACGCGGAGAAGGGCGAAGAGAAGGAGAAGGAGAAGGAGAAGGAACCGCCAUAUGAGGGCGUGUCGCCCGUGAAGGAUCACAUCCUUUGGCUUAUGUGGUGUGGCUAUAUCUGCAUUUUCAUGUGCAUCUCAGCCCUGAUCUUGCUGCUGCCGCUGCUGCUGGAGUAUGACUCCUUCGGGCUUCUCGUGCCCGGCGACGUGGAGAGGAGCCGGGAGCGGAUCGCCUCCGCCACCUCCAUGGUGAUGAUCCCCCACGGGGUCACCAACCUGGUUUGCUCUACUGUGGGCUUCCUGAUUGUCUCCUCUUACAUCGGAGAUCGGAACACCAUGCGCAUCGGCGUGACCAUCACCAGCGUCUGCAUGGCCUUGUACGGCUUUGCCUCGACCCAGGUCUGGCACAUGCUGUUGCUCCACGGGUUCACGGGGGUGGGCUUGGGCCUCACGGUGCCAGCGAUCACCCCGACGCUGCAGCGGUACGUGGGCAUGGCCCACAGCAGCAAGGCCGCGCAAGCCAGUGCCAUGCCCAUCUUUGGCGGACAGAUUGGCCAGGUGAUCGGCCCCUUGAUCUUCGGCCAGAUCGUGGGGGACAGCCGGGAUCGGCUGCGUAUGAACCUGGCCUGGCUGAUCGCGGCCGUGUGCAUGUUGACGGGCGUGCUCCUGCUGGACUUUAGUAUGGUGAUGGUGAACAGGCAUCCGGUGAUGAAGCGCGUGAACCUCACCUCAGAGCAGCUGAAGAUCAUGUUGUCCACCGAUGCAAAGGAUCAAGACGACUUCGUGGAGGAGAUGUGCCAGAAGCUGAGAGGCAUGCUCACCCCAGGCCAUGCGGACUACCGGGGAGUCCGGGUCUUCAGUGGCGUCGCGCAGCGCUUCUUGGUGCGCCUGUUGGACCGAUCCAUCCCCAAGCUCCGGGAGGAUCCGGAGGAGCACAUCGAGGAUGCUGGCAUUGUCGCCAUGUUGGGAGGGCUCCACCGUGUUACCGCGUGA